UAGAACAAGUGCAAGCUAGCUGCAGCCACUGUAACAGAUCAUUACAGGUUGACUCAGGUCAAUGACUGAAACUUUGGAGGAAGAAUUAUGCAACAGGCUUUUUGCACCCUAAUUCAGCAGAUGUUUCCGGAUCUCUGUGAGAGAAGGGGAGUUAAGGGAAUCUUAGUAGAUAUGGAUGUAGAUUGGAACUGUUUAAUAAUUAUCUAGCUUGUAACGAAGUUAAAAGAAUUUCAAUAGAAGUAGACAUAGCCCAAGGGGAUAAGAAAUGAUGUUUAAAGUUUACAUUGUUGAAACUAACUAAAGCAAGAGAUAGUUCCUGAUAAGAAGCAGGAGUCGAUGCCAAGACCGGCCUUGUGAUUUGGAUAAAUGCCAAGGAGCAACUGAGUCUGUGCAGGGACAGAAGGUUAAGAGUUCACCGCGAAGAAGACAUACAGCCUUCAUCUUCACAACCCCCGACAACCACCAUAAGGAGGCACUACGCAGGCGCAGUUGGGAGGAACUUAGGGAAAUGACUUCUUGGAGCUAAUUUUAAUAUGAAGCGGGAUAGGUCAUGCCUAUGUAUAGGUGUAUUGCGAAACUCUAUGUAUAUGUAACACUUGAUUGUAUAAAUUUAAAGCGAGCUGCCAAGUCAGGCGCGCACGACUUUGGUGGGACUACCCCCUGUGCUGCCCAGCGCUGAAGAAACAUACCUACUUUACAAUCUCACUGAUUGUGGAGUCUGUUUCUGCACAUCAUCUGUCCGGAAAGGCGGGGAGAGAGCAUUUCCCCAGCCCUGCUGCUUUAAGGAGGCCCCAUCACUUCAGAAGCACAGAGGACUGCUCUGCACAUUGCACAUUGUCUGCCGACGGUAGAUGAGAAGCCAUUCUUUCCACAAACAGCACAAGUACACUUUGCCUUGGUUCAAAAAUUCAUCCAGCCACAGCAGAAUGUUUAAAAAAGUCACCCGAUCCGUAGUAAAUCAAAUAGAUCCAACAGGAGACCUGGUCCCAGUUCACAGCAUCUUAGACCAUGAACAUUUCAGACCCCUCUGCCUAGUGAAAAGAAAAAGAAAAACCGUAUUGCACCCAUCUCCCUGCUACAGACAGACAUGGUACACACUCGACGACGUGCUGCUGCCUGGAGAAGACAACAGAAGCACAGAGUCCCUCUUUCCCAGGGGAGACAAUCAAGAUUCAAGGCAAUUUAGUGUCAAAAAAAGCGUCAGUGACAGAGUUGAUGGGAGUCUAAGCCUUCCUAUUGACUCUGCAAGCGUAGAGCUGAAAGGAGUUGCCUCCUUGACCAAAGAGUGGUCCAUCAAGCUGGAGAAGAACAACAUACCAAUACCAAAACUCGAGGCACUGAAAACGGAAAGAAAAAUGAAUGCGAAUCACUCCUUUAUUCAACAACUACAGAAAAAACAACAAGAUUUAUAUGUGGUUCAUGAAACAUUAGAAACCUCAGAGGAGACCAGCUACGAGGAAUCCAUUAAGGCAGAGGGCAGCUUCGCAACCCAGCUUUACGCCAAGUUUUGUGCAAAGGGCACCCGAGAGAACAGACAAGGCAUAACUAUACCCAAGGGCUGCACCCUGGCAUUCAGGGCAAUCCGGCUGACCACUACAGAUGGAUCAUGGGAUCUUCAAUAUUUCCCAGAAUCUUCCAGAAUGUUCGUAUCUGAUGGUUCCUCACAAGGAAAAUUAGACAGACUGGAGGUAGAAGUUAAAGAUACUUGUCAAAUUUUCUCCCAGCUGUCUUCUGAUCUGUUCGUCAUAUUUUUAAAAGCCAUCAAAGCUGUGAUGAGAGACAGGAACCUCUUUGAAGAGCUGACCCACAAAAUGGAAGCAGUUCUUGAUGAAACCGGUAGUUGUGAGCUGAAAACAGAAAGCCCAGACUUAAAAGACCUGUUGAGCAGCUUACAGAAUUCUUCAAGAUGUCUUCUCCUUAAGCUGGCAGAAGCAAUCACCUACACUCUUGAUGCGUUAGAUGAGCUAACGGAAGAUCAGCUGCUGCUGUUGCUAGAGUCCUUGGAAGAGAAGAUUGUGUCCCAACAGCUUAAGCUGGUUGAGAGCAUCUUGGAACACGACAUAGAACACAGGGAGGGGCCUUUCAGUGUGGAUGCCAGCUUGCUCUCCUUCUCACAAGAGAGGGAACAAAAAUUAACCAUUGCAAUGGUUGAGAUGAGUGGAGUGAAGCUCCAGAAGGACGGAUCUGCUGUCUGUACAAAAGCCCUCCCGGCUGUAGCAGCCCUGUACGUGUCUCUAUAUGUCCUCGAUCUUUUGAGUAACUCAGAUUAGGUUAUACAUGUCCUCCCAUUAGGGAGGAUUUAAAGGUAAUCACUUGAUAAUGUAUUUGAAAGUCUCUUCCUGCAAGCCAGUUUCUCUCUGCAGACUUUACCCCUACAUAGGUGAGGCAUUCCUCACCACCACUCACCCUACACAGAGGAGUGCUGCUUUGAAAUGAGUAGGAAAAGCAGACUUAAGGCAAGAAAACUCCUUGUAGAAGCCAGAAGCUAGAUACCAAAAUUGAUUUUUCAUUCCCCCCAUACAAAUGCAGAGUGCCAUCUGAAAAAUCCACUAGCCCAAAAAAUCGUAAGCCUGUCAGCUACACUUUGCGUGAUCCUGGUUCUCAUAAAACAUGCUAGCACACAGCCACUCAUGCAGCCAGUAAGGCACAAAGGAAUACCUCAGCAAUAAUUCACUUACCCUGGUCACACCUGUGAUUCACGUGUGACUCAGUAAGCUAGGAAGUGUUAGAAAGCUGAGGGAUCUCACAGCAUUUUAAUGACACACACCUGGUGAAACAGCACCUCCAUCACAAGAUUACACACCCCACCAGCAGCGACAAGGAAUAAGCUACAACAUUUCAGAACAAUGCUACAGAUACUUUGAUGACUGCUUUAUAAAUAAAGAGAAUAACUUCUUACUGAA